GUUUAUAAAUACGAGCCUAGCUGGUGAAACUUGCAAGUACGGUUCAUAAAUCCAAAUUUUAUUUUUAACAUUUUUAACAGGAAUUUGACUUCUGAAAUUUUCAUACGCAGUGCUUUAAAAUAUUUAAGAGCGACUUUCUGCUUUAGAUGUUCAAAAUUUAAACGGCUCCAUAGCCUUUCCUGAUAGUUUCAUAGUUCAGCCUCGAUUUUCUAAUUUUUCUUAUUUGGAUGCUGAAAUGGACAAUCGAGCAAUGAAACUGCAAACUCCUGAGUCGAUGGACCUUUCAAGCAAGGAAAUGGACACUGUUGACAAGCUCAAAAAGCAGACUAAGGUUAUCCAACAGGAAUGCGAUGUGAAGGAACGGGAUAUUCGAGAGCGUCGAGGAGCUUUACUGAAGAUAAAUGACGAAGUUGAUAAGCUGUCCGUGGAAAACAUUAGCCUAGAACGGGAGAACCGAAAAAAGGAUGACCUCAUCAGAAACAUGGAAAGCGAGGUGGACGCAGUGAAUGUUAGCGUUAAAAGCUUGGAAAAGAAACUGUCGGAGGCUAAAGCAUCUUCGAACUUUCUGGCGGAUAUAUUUGGAGAUAGAGCGAAUGAUGUGCGAGCCCUGUUGGAUGAAUGCGACUGGGACACGGACCGACUGGAUGCACUUUUAAUGGAGUCCAGUACCUUGUUGGGCAAUUCGCAGUCGAUGGAGAAGACCAAAGAACGUUAUUUCAAAAAACUUGCGAAUGAAUACCACGGUUUGGCUCGGGAAAAAGACAGUUUGCAUGCCCGUCGACACGAACUAGCACGAAAAUUAAUAUCCGCUCAGCGCGAUUCGGAUUUGGGCAAUGGAAUAACUCGUUUCGAUCGCAGAAGUGCAUGGGAGCAUCGUAUUUCACAGCUUAAAGAUUGAAGGGAUACACGGUCAUGCGUCUUUUUUCAGACAUUGUGGGAAUUGAGCAAUAUUGCUUUUCUUUCCGUUCUUCGUUUUACCGAAGUUUUUAGGUGUGUCUUUGCCUUUUGGUUUGUAUUUACAGCGUAAGUAUUCAACGUUGUUGGGUCGUCGAAGAUGUGCUUAUCCGUCCACCACCCGAGUUUUUGCUCCGAAUGUCAUUAUGCGCUAGCGUUAAUAUGAAGCAUUGGUACGAAAUGGGCGCAGAUCGGCAGUUAUGUUUUUUUUCACCAAUUCACGAAUAGUCUGCACGAAGUUUAGUAGGUAUAACACGUAAAAAGAUAAAAAUGAAUAUCAUCAUCAUAGCACGUAAACGUAAUCCAAGAAACUACUACCAAACUAAACU